UAUCUUGUAAACCUAUGAUGUGUUAGUGCUAACAGCUAAAUUAAAUUACACUUUAGACCUAUAAAAGGAGAAGUAAUUACUAAUUAGUACGACGAUUUAGUAUAUGUGCAUAAGUUAGUACUUAUUAAAACCAAUGGAUGCAUAAAAAUUACAUGGAGUAUUAACCUUAGACUUAUUUUAAAUUAAUUGUAAUAAUCAAGAACACAUCAAAGUAUAUUUAUAGACAAUGGGAUUUUACUUAUGUAGUCGUUAUAGAAUAAUUGUUCUUAUUCUUGUUGUAUUAAUUAUGUGGCAGAUUUAUGCUAAUUAUUCACAUUUUAUGUUGAAAAAAUCUACCACUACUUCAGCGAGUAAUAUUGUACAGUUAGAAGAUGAUUCUUAUAAUACACAUAAACAAGAUAAAGUUAAAGUAAGAGUGUAUUAUGAAACAUUGUGUCCUGAUUCAAAGCAUUUUUUUGUGAGACAUUUAGGACCAGUGACAGAGAAACUUUCUGAUUUUCUUGAUGUCACAUUAGUACCAUAUGGUAAAGCAACUACAACUGAAAAAAAUGGACAGUACUAUUUUAAGUGUCAACAUCAAGAAGAAGAAUGCUAUGCAAAUAAAAUACAUGCAUGCAGUAUUGAUAUAUUAAACAAUAUAGUAUUAGCUGUUAAGAUAACAGUGUGCAUGAUAGAAGAUAACUAUGAUGCUGAUGGUGCUCUACAUAAGUGUGCCAAACAACUGAAUAUUGAACCAGAGCCAAUAAUCAACUGUGCUGGAACUACGCAUGGUUCAGAAUUACUGAAAAAGUAUGGAGAUGACACACAUAUCCUGAAACCUACUUUUAUACCUACUGUUACAUUAAAUGGUUCGAGGGAUAAUCAAGCUGCCAUAUUGAAGAAUUUUCUUCUAGAAGUUUGUAAGUUAAUUGCUAUGCCCCUACCACCACCUUGUUUGUGACAUUUCCGACUUAUUAGAAAUAGAUAUAUUGAAGUGAAUUAGAUGGAAAGAUAUUGUUUUUAUAUAGUCUGUUAAUUAAAUUUGUCAUGGCAUUAUUGCCUACAUGAAAAAAUGUGUAUGUCACUGUAAAGUUAGGCAUUACAAAUCAAGAGAUUGUACUCUAAUGCCAGUGAUGCUAUAGAGUCUAUUGAUGGUGUGGUACAUGUUUAUUUGAAUUAUUUUUUUUACAAUAAUUUUUAUAUUUUGAAGUUUUUCCAGCCAUAAAAAUUACAUUUGAGAUGUUGUAAUUUGUAAAAAGUUCCUAUAAAAGCUAAUAAUUUAAUAUUGUUUCUGAAAAAGGUCACAAAAUGUGUAUUGUUUAAAUGAGGCUAUUAUACAAAUUUACAUUAUUUUAGAACACAAUUUAUAAAUUGUAUAAAUUUUCCUACU